CGCCUUGCUCGGGGCACGGCGCCGCGGGGUGACCUGCGGGUCUCACCGCGUGGGAAUUCAGGACACAGGGUGCACGGAUGGCUUCGGGAGAGUCCCUUUGUUCCUGUGCCGGGGAAAACACUGAUGCGGAAUUGCUUUGUUCCUGUGAAAAGCCCUAGAGGAUGUAUGCAGGGGGCCUCAGUGGUUGAUCCGCUUAUCUUUUAACUUAGAGCCAGAAGAACUCAGGAUGAGUAAAAUGAAUAAUUUUGAUGUUCAAAGCACAUUCUGUGUGCUCUGUGGACGGACAGAUGACUGCCCUAAAAAGUACGGAGAGAAAAGGACCUAUGUGGAAUACAAUCUCACUUUUCAUUAUUACUGUUUGUUGAUGUCAAGUGGGAUUUGGCAGAGAGGUGAAGAAGAUGAAGGUGUAGAUGGAUUUUUAAUCACAGAUAUUAAAAAAGAAGUAAACAGAGCUGCAAAACUGAAAUGUAAUAUCUGUAAGAAAAAGGGAGCUUCAAUUGGAUGUGUAUCUCCUAAAUGCAAAAGAAGUUACCAUUUUCCUUGUGGGUUACAGAGGGAAUGCAUUUUCCAGUUUAUGGAAGACUUCAGAUCUUACUGUUGGGAACAUAGACCAGUCCAAGAGUUUACAGAUGAAGAAUCUAGAGGAGCUUCACAGUGCACAAUAUGCCUGGAUUUGGUUGAACAUCUUCCAGUGUACACUGUAUUGAAAAGUCCUUGCUGUAAAAAUGCUUGGUUUCAUCGAGAGUGCUUGCAGUAUCAAGCUUUGAGUGCUGGGAUAUUUUUCUUUAGGUGCACGGUAUGUAAUAACAAGGACAAAUUUCAAGAAGAAAUGUUGAGAAUGGGCAUACACAUUCCAGAAAGGGAUGCGUCUUGGGAACUUGAAGAAAAUGCAUAUCAAGACUUACUGCAUUGUUACCAACACUGUGACGUUACAAGAUGUCUCUGCAAGAAAGGAAGAGACUAUAAUGAACCUGAUAGCAAGUGGGAAAUAAAGCGUUGCCAGUACUGUGGUUCUCGUGGCACUCAUUUGGCCUGUUCGUCUAUGAAGUCAUGGGAGGAAAACUGGGAGUGCAUGGAAUGCAGAAGUAUCUUUGCAAAAUCAGGGAAGUAUAGCAAACGGAAACAGCGUGCUUUGGCUGCCUCUGAAAAGACAAAUGGAACAACUUGCUUGCUGGAAGAGCCACCUCCAAAGUCCCCUCGGCAGUCAUCUGGAACUCCACACAGUUUUCUACUCCAAUCACCAAAGUUAAUGUGCCAGAACUUGUCACCUUGCUCACACCUAGAACUUCCAGCAUCCAACAGAGUGACAAUGUCCUUGUCUCCAGUGAUGUCAAACCGGAACUGGUCCCUGUCCCUGAGGCACAAGCAUUUAAGACGGAAAAGAAGGGAAGUUUGUAAUAUACUGAAGGAGUUAAAGGCACAAGUUAAAACAAAAACAACAAGACUUAACAUCAAUACAGAAAAUAUUUGGAGUAGUGCUUUAAAAGGAUUUAGACAGCGCAUCUUCAGUCCUACAAACACUAUUGAAGUAAAUUUCUCCAACUGCAAAAAUAGAUCAAACACUUCUGAUGCAUCAAAACACCAUUUCUUCCAAUUAUUAAUGCUUCACCUUCAGAAUUCAUCACUGUUUGAGGGCUCUUCUGGAAAGAACUUGUCCCUUGAUUUUCAAGCUGUAAAAGAAAAUCUUUAUUUUGAAGCUGGUAGAAUGAUUGCAGUUUCUCUGGUUCAUGGUGGUCCAUCUCCUGGUUUCUUUUCCAAAACACUCUUCAAUUGCCUUGUCUAUGGUCCAGAGAAUGUGAAGCCAGCUUUGGAAGAUGUUGCUGAUGUUGAUGUAGCACAAACAAUAAAAACGAUCAAAUAUGCAAAUGAUCUGUCCAGCCUACAGUCUACACUACAGGACUGCUGCGAAUUCCUCGCUGCUGCUGGAUGUUUAAGACCUGUAACAGCUUUGGGUGAUAAGAACGUGCUGGUGAAUGACAUACUGAUCUAUCAUUUAAUCAAGAGAGUUACUUUACCCUUAGAAAGUUUUAGGCAGGGUUUGAAAACCCUUGGUGUUCUAGAGAAAAUGCAAAUGCACCCAGAUGUGUUCUCUAGCGUAUUGUGCCACAAACCUGAAAGACUUUCAGCAGAAACUAUUUGUGAUCUCUUUACAAUCCAUGCCUCAUCAGAUGGAAAUAAAGUUGACGGUGCUGAUUUUUGGAUGGGCUAUUUACAAGAUGUGGAAAGUGGUGAGUCUGUAGUGACAUUGGAGGAUAUUCUGCUCUUCGCAACAGGCUCCUGUUAUAUACCAUCUGUUGGUUUUGAUCCUGAACCUACUAUUAAAUUUUUGCAUGUAAGGUAUCCCAUUGGAAACAGACUUCUUAAUUGCUUAGAGCUUCCUAUAACAAAGACGUAUCAGCAGUUCAAAAAUAUAAUGGAGCUCACCAUCAGAAGCAGACUAAGAGCUGAAAAGGAGGAAGUAUUUUUGCUAUUAAACUGAAUGUUGGAAACUUGAGUUUUCUGCAGGAACAUCUGCUUUCAGUUCACUACUGUAUUUUUGGAUGACAUACUUUUAGUAUUUUCCAAGUAUUCCCCAAAAAUUAUGCUAAAAGUUGUAAUGUUAUGAGAUGGUAAAUAAUUUUCAAAUUUAAAAAAAGUUAUCUCCUGAAUAAUUUUCCUUUUGAAGUUGACUUUAAGAGUCCUCCAUGUCUUGCAAAACUAGUUUAAAUGCCAGCUUUUGCUGUCGACAGGUAUGAAAUGUUACCACAGUCUGUGACAGGUAAGUAUGUGAAUUGUAUCAAAUACUUGGGUAACUUAUUUAUCAAAAACAAAUCAGGUACAUUUUGAAGGUAAUUGCUGUAGAGCAUUUGUCUUGUGUAAAACUGUGAUGCAGUUCUUCAGUUCUAUGUAUAUUUUUUAAGUAAUUGUUUUGUAUUGGUUCAUUUGAAUUCUGAUGGUUCAUGGAGACCUAGGAAAGCUAAAAUUCUUGUAGUUUUAUGGUCAUUGUGGCUAGUGCAUUCAAGGUCUGGAGAAAAACUAGAUACAAUAAUGCAGUGUAAGAACAAAAUCCAAUUGAACCCGUCUCUGUUUUUAAACAAAGUCUUUAACAUUUGCACAUUUCUGCAUUCUACUGUCAUGCAUUACUUCUUAAUUACUCAUAGAGCCCCAAUAGUAAAAACUAGAAGGAAAUCUUGAAUAUGCAACAAUAACUCAUCUUUCAAAGUGAAAUAUGAGUUAGACUUAAUGUUGUUGUGUAUGAAAGGCUAAAAGUUUGUUGUUCAUUAGAACAUGUAAACUUGACUUCAUUAAAGUAUUUUCAUACGGCUAUGCACUAAAGCUCUUCGUUAAACUAAACACAGUCGUCUACCAUCAAGCUUGUUUGGCCUGACACUUUUCUAGCUUUUAUUCUAGACUCUUCCAGUUCAGUUUUCACUUGUAGGCGCAUUCUGAACACUGUAUAAAAUAUUUUUUAGUGCUGCAGUAAUUUGUGUAAAUGGCUGGGCCAUAUAUAAGCUGUAAAAGGUGAGUAGUGAAAUUCCUAUACAGCAACACUUUAAUGUUACUAAUGCUAAAACUAUGACAUUAGAAGGACAUUUAAAUACAUUCUUUUUAAAAGUAUGCUACUCUGUUUUGAAAUGGUACCGCUUCCUUCUGUUAGUUCUGACCACCUGUACUAUAUGUCCUGAACAUAAUUUGUGCUAUAGAUGUAAUAUAGAUGCAUAUGUAUCUGUAUGUGUCUAAAUGUAUGCACAUUCUUCAAAGUACUGGAAAGUAAUUAUACAGUUUUUUAUUAAUAUAGCUUGGUUUGAAUUGAAAAUAUAAGCAGGAUUGCUUACAUUUGAAUUCCUUGGCAAGGAAGUACAUUCAAAGUAACUAAAUGGAUAGGUUCUUCUGAAAAUAUAAUAAAAAGUCUAAGAAAAUCAUUGCAUGUCUUAAAACAGACAUUUCUCAUUACUAAUGCCUAAAACAAUCUAAUCUCAUCAGUCUUGUCUUUUUAAAUUUAAGAUUAUUAGAAAUUAUGACAUGAUUAGCAGUGGGUUUUGCUUGUUGGCCAAAAGCAAAGUCUCCUUUAAAAUAAAUGUGAUUACUUGAAGAAUGUAAUUUGACUUGUUUAUAUACUAAGCAUUUUCUCAGUGUCUUCUCCAGUAAUCUGUUUCUGAUCUUUGCAUAAUUUUUGACUCUCAUUCUGCCAUUAAAUUCUUUGUAUUUUUACCCUUCCCAAUGGUCUAUCACCAUUACAGGGAGAGUGGGUUGGCACAAAUUCGUUGACAUAAUAAGGAUUCAUAUUGUAUGUUUGUAUUUUUCAAAUAUAAUGAGUUUCCUGUAGAUAUAAUGUUAUACUUUAAAAAUGAGGGCAGUAUUUGUUUUUCUUGCCUAGUCAAAGACAAAUGUGUUCUGUAAUGUUCUUCUUCCAUAUGAGAAGUACAGAUUUUGUAAACGUAGCAAGCAGAGGGUGAGUAAAUUUAAAGGACAAGAACUUUUGAUACCUGCGGUGGCAAGAGAAAUUGUUCAGAACCUGGAACUAAAUAAACUGCAUUUUAAAAUAUGCAGUGCAGAAAGAAAUAGUAAAAUAAAUGUGCAUGUAAGGCUUCAAAACAUACCUGAAAUUACAAAAAUAGAGUUCACACCUUUUAUUGCUUAUUACUUUUGAACUCAGCAGUUGAAAGGCUUUUAUAUAAAGUCAGAAGUAAUCUAUACGCCAGGUGUAAAUAAUGUUAACUUUAAAACGAUCUGCUAUACAGUGCUAUAUCCAAACAAUGAAUUUGUAAAAUCACAUAGUAUGUAUUAUUGCUUGAAAGGGUUUUUCUUGCACAGAAUUUGUUCCCAUUCUCUAAGACUGACCCGUACCCAUUCAGGACAAGUCGUCUUUUCUGUUGGUUUGAUCAGCUCUAUCUAGACACUCCAAUAUAAUACUUAAUAUAUUCAAGUUGUAGUCCUGAAUACUGCUAUAGAAAGGAAUUUCCUCAUUUUUGGCAUUUAUUUAUAUAGACCAGUCAUAAAUCUAUUUGAACUGUUCAUUAGAAUUCCAUUGAAUAAGCUAACUUCCAAGAACAGAACGGCCUCCCUUGUCUUGAAAUUGUAAGAGCAAUUUAUAUAGUGAUAGGGACCACAGGUUUUUGAUUGUUGUAGCAGAUCACUGAAGUGCAAUAUUACGGGGUAGUUUUCAUUUUACAUAAACGUAACCUGAGGCACACCUGGAAAUUAGGAGGCUGCUUACUUUCAGUAUUUCUGUAAUAACACAGGGAGAAUAACUUAUGCAUCAGUUGUGUAUUAAAUACAUUCUUAUAGAAGCUGCAUCUUUUAUAAGAUUUGUCAGCGCUACAAAAGAACUAUUGCGGUCCUUUUUAUGGUUGACCAAAGAACUUCAUCCCAGUUUCUGCAUCAAACCCUUAGUUUCCAUCUGGAAUUAGCACAUCAAAUAAGCUAUUUAUUUUCUAGAGUGAUCAUUUUCUACUAAACAGUAAUAUAUUAGUCUUAGUGGAUUUAGUAUGGUCUCCUUAAGAAUGCACAUGUAAUAAAAAAGCACCAUCAGGUAUUUUAGCUCUAUGUUUGAAAAACCAAGGAAUAAGAAAUUUGUGACUUGUUUUUUUACCCAUUUAGAGGAUGCUUACCAGAAAAAGCUGUUAGCUUUUUUAACCGAUUUAAGAAUGAAAUAUAGUCCAAAGGAGAAAAAAAUUGUUCAUACUAAAAGUCUAAACCAUUGUGUGCUGCAGCUUUGAUUAUUUUCACUAAGAUAUUAAGUCCCAGAAUUUGAAAACAUGAGGAUUUUGAGAGUAUUGGUCAAUAAUUCACACUCACAUUCUGCGUAUGCUUUUUUGAAAAUAUUUUCAAAAAUCUGAUUUUAAAUAUAAAGAAUUGCAACUUUGAAGCCUACAAAAUAUGCUUUUCAAAUUUAUCUUGAAUGGGUUUUAUAUGGUAAAAUAUGUUAAAAGCUCAAACUUUUCUGUUUCUUACCUAAAGAAAUGUCUUGUUGGACAAAAGAAAAAUUCAAAUGCAAAAACUUUGAAAAGUCAUUUUGAAAAUGUUAAUGUUUGUAAAAAUCUACAAUGUGACCCUCUGCAUUUUGUAUUACAUAAACAAUGUUCUCUUUAAAGUUGUGAUAUUUUGAAUGUUAUGCAACAAAGUGUAAUUUUGUAAUUAUUUUUAGCUCUAACUUUGAACUAACGUUGAACUGCAGGAUCAGUGCCUGAACUGUUGCAUCUUCGAGCAACGUUUUGCGUUCCAGGUGUAACAUCAUUGUUGAAAUACUCCGUAAUUGUGGGGAAUACUGUGUAUAUAUGUCCAAAGUGCAAUAAAAGGUUAAAUAUGUA